UGUUUUGUUUGGUCAGAAAUGGAAGCCGGUGGGUGGCACCCUCUGUAGCGCGAGUCCAUCGCCGCACGUGACUCAAGAACAGCCAAUGGGGCGCGCCUCUCGUCUUAACUACGUUAAAUGUCAGAUUGCUAUAAACUAGAUGCUCUUGCUCGGGCCCGCCGAAAUGGGCGAGCAUAACCUCCUAAAUAGCAGCUUUGUGGGACCUUUGGUGAACAUCCACACCGGAGACACGUUUUACCUCCCAAACUUUCGUGCGUCUGGGGGACAACUGGCGGGUCUACCCUCCCUCCCAUACCCAAGAAGGGACAAUGUUUGCUCCCUGCCUUGGACUCAGUCGGAGCCUUGCAACGGAUACAGCCAGUCCUUCUUUAGCAGCCCCGUGUCCCUGAACCCUGCAUUCAACCGAGCAUGUGAGAUCACACGGCAAGACGAGAGCAAAUGCUUUUACAGCGGCGCUGGAGGUGCUGGAGGUGGAGGUGGAGGUAGCAACCGAGAAAACUGCGCCGACAGCGCCAACCUCAAACGUGAUGAGAGGGCACGAGAUGACACAGCGCCAGAGCACGGACUGCACGGUUCCAGCAUGAUGACAAGCGGGAGAAUAUACUCCAAGUACGACUACGCACCCUCUGCUGAGCAUCUGACCCAAGACCCUCCAUCCUGUCACUCCCUGGAAUCGGACUCUGGCUCUUCGCACAACGAAGGGGGCAAAGCACCGUGCACCAUCGCGCAUUCUCUCACAUCCCCGGGCAGCCAUGCGAGCAUCACAGCUCCGGGAGGAGGUGCUCCAUGGUACCCUAUGCACACGCGGACCCGAAAAAAGCGCAAACCCUACUCCAAACUGCAGCUGGCAGAGCUGGAGAGCGAGUUCAUGCUGAACGAGUUCAUCACCCGGCAGCGGAGGAGGGAGCUGUCCGACCGCCUCAGUCUGUCCGACCAACAAGUGAAGAUCUGGUUCCAGAACCGCCGUAUGAAGAAGAAAAGACUGUUGCUGAGAGAACAGGCUCUCUCCUUCUUUUAGGGCUGAAACGGAUGACAGAAAGCUGUACAUUUCAGGACACGGGCAUUCAUGCCUUUUGCUGACCGUUCUUCACUUAGACUGUGGAAUGAUGGGUAGAUUUCGAGUAUAAUGACAGCAAAUGUUUUAGCACACUUGAAACUUUCAGACUGUAGACCAACAACCAAAUAAGCUAGAAGAACAAUUUCUUAGCUUGAUUGAAUGCUUCUGCAACGUAGUCACGUUUAAAAAUAGAGUCACCCUUAUGAAAAACAAUAAGCAUCUCAUGGAAUCCAAACGCGACGACAGUUUGGUCGAGACCAAAACCAAAAGCCAAACAUAGCAUACAAUGGUACAGCAUGUGAAAGUGUGAAAUAAUGUAUUUUUUUCUCUUGCUUAUGACCAAAUUAUCAGAAAUUUUGCUUGAUUUUACUUCACUUCUUAACUAAAAAAAGUGAUGCAUUGAAUUUGCUUGAUUCAAAUGUGCAGUUUUUUGCCAAAAGUGAUCAAACUAAUGUUUAAUGCUUAAAAUUUACUGCAUCGUGUUGAUGUAAUCUGUUUUAGAAGUAAAAAGUAAGUAAUUGCAUCGUUUUGUUCCCAUUAAAUUUCCAACCAGGCAAAAGAUUUGAAACUCUCACCAGUCUCAUUAACAAACUGAAUAAAUAAAACUAAGAUUAAUGCUAAAAUUCCCCCCUUGGCUUGGGGUUCAUUUGAAGAUCUUUCCUUAAUGGAAGCUGCAUUAUGAAGGACAAAUACAUAUUUGUGCGGUGAACGAUCUUGCGAUCUUAAUUCCACACCAGCUGUACAACAAGCACCAAUUUGAAUGUAUCAAAAUUAAAGACAUGGGUUAAGUAGAUUUUGUGCGUGGAAGGUAGGGUCAGAGGGUGGGGUCAGUGUCGGGCGUUUGCAGAAGUGGGCAUACUUGCUACUAUUUUGGGACGCAGUGUUGGUCAGCAGAUUCUGGUCGCUUGGACGCUAAUUGCGGUUCUGGGAUCAUCGCAAUUCAUCAUCAGCGAUUUUUUUUCUGCAAUAAUAAGACAGUGUAUUGAAUGUUUUCCUCCAUCCUACUUUUAUACAGCCUAUAUAGUAUUCAUACAGAUGUUUAUUAAACGAUUUAUUAUAUGUUAUAAGCAAAUGUUAUCUAUCUUAGGUCAAAGAACACGUCUAGACUGUAUUAAUUGGAAAGAAAUCACCUUUUCUUCACUCCAGUGUAUUAAAGUAGGAGAGGAAAUGGGGACCACGACCCUUUCCCCAUGCAAUGGAUAAAAAUGAUAAAUCUGAACUGUUGUUAAAAGGUAAAGCAUGUCUUCCACCAAUCCUCGUCGCUUUGACCAAAGGCCGUAUUGAGCAGCAGUUCAUGACGGUAGAGACGCGAAUUGUUGAUCACUAUGGCAAAGUGAAAUCUUAUUUUAUGCAUUUACUCGAGGAAAAAAUGAUCUCAUGCACAAGCUUAAUCAUUAUUUCAAGAGUAGCAAAGCUUUGUCCUAGCGCAGUAUGUGCAUGCAUUAGCAGCUUAGUUGAAUAGUUCAGCAGCUCUUUCUUCCUAUUCUAAUUUUUAUAAGGCUUAAAAACAAAACUGUGAUAUUUGUUGCUACGAUAUAUA